GGUUUUCUGAGUCAUGUCAGGUUUUGUGCAAAACCUCAAGUUCUCUAAGCUGUGGAGUAAUUUAGUUUUCACACUCGACCUAAACAAAACUCAGCAGGGCAGUUCAACGGGGCAGCAGAUGCCUGGAACAACAACAUCACCUGCGUGUAACGAUUUGCUGAGUCCGAGACUCAGAGGCAGCAGCAGACACCCCGAACUGAAUGUAGGAGUGUCUCCCGGAGACGUAGAAGCUUCACAAGACAUCGUCUGGGACUCCACAUCUCCCACUCAGAAUAGAUGGAGACUCAAGAACACCAAUGAUGUGGAAAUAUCUGACAUUGUAAACCGUAUUGCACCAAAGAACAUAAACCCCAAGGGGUCUGAAUCCUCACUGUCUCGUUGGAUUGUUGAUGGCACCAUUCUCAGCCCGCCAGUGAAUUCAAAUCAAAAUGGCAGGAAGAAGUCCUCACGACAGAGUAAUGUGGAGGACCUCUGGAAACUGGCCAAGCAGUUUGAUGAAAACAUGCAACAAGAUGAGGAGACUUCAGAACAGCUGAAUUCUGUCACCACUGACCAUUGUAAAAGUGUGAACACAUAUGAAACUAAACCGACAACAUCGUCAGUACUGAGUCAUGUGAAGAAUCUAAAGUGUUCCUCCUCAUCAGAUCAGGCAGAAGCAGAGCUGCACGCUCUGUUCGACUGCUCCACUCAAGGAGUCAGUGGCAGGUUAAGUGAGGGUUCCGUGUGUUCCCAAGAAAUGGUGGACCAACCUGUGUCUGAAGGUUUUGCUAAACAUCAACAGACCGAGCUCAAGCCAGCUGAUAAGUCAGGGACAGCAGAACAAAAAGAAACCUGCAGUCUCAGUACAAAAAACCGCAUUGAGUUUUAUGAUGACUGGGAGAGUGAUGACUUACUCAAUGAUCCCUUCAUUCUAGCAAUUACCCAGAAUCCAAAUGGACUAGAUGCUAAUCCUGACACAACACUGAAGUCACACACUCAGACAAACUCUAAGCUCUCUGUUUUAAACUCAGACGCUGUCCAGUCCCUUCAAGAACUGUGUCCCAAACCAAAACUUUCCAACCGAAGCACUUUCAGAUUAGAGCCCAACCCUCACUUCCCGUCCAAGAUGAACAAGGAUGUGUCAAAGACCAGUUUCACUGUAAUACAACCCAAAUCCAAAAUGACUGUCAAGAACUCUGCUGUCCCUAAGACGCGUCCAGCUGUCCAACCCAACAGCAUCACUACUGAAGUUGGAGCGCCUUCUGUUAAAGACAUUUCAGACAGUUUGUGGGACAGUGGAGAUGAUGAACUGCUUUAUCAGGUUUGUGACAGCUUGGAGAAGAUCUCCAACUGUCAUCCAAAGGAGGUGAAUCCAAGCAAGUGCAGAGAACACCAAGAAGUGGCUGUAGGCGGUCAACUGAAAACCACCGAGGUCCUGCCGACCAACACAACAGGGUCUGUUCUUUCUGGUGCCAGUGCUAAUAACAGGCGAUCAUCAGGAACUUUCUUACGUUCUAACUCUUUACCUGGGACUAGUUGUAAUGCUAGCCACCAAGGAUGGAACAUUCCCAUGAACGGCACCAACAGUAAAUCAGGAAUGUCUCAAAGCUUUCCAAAAAGUCGUGUCGGUCAGGACACAUUUAACCUUUGCAGCAAUUUCUCUGGAAAUUUCCAGGCUGGAAAUGGUAAUAUGGAUACAAAGCUGCAGACCAUGACAACCAGAGGACCACACAUUUCUAAAUCUCAUCACACAGCAUUCAAGAGAAACAUGUCUGACUCUGCAGUCAUACGAAACAAAGUCUUUGUCAGCAGCCAGACCACAGGAAAGUGCUCUGCAGCUGAAAUCGAGAAGAAGAAACAAGAAGCUUUGGCCCGGAGACGCUUGAGAAUGCAGAACACCUCAAAACCAUAGAGGAGCUCUGUCCUAGCAGGAGCAUCAUCUUCAACCAUGGCAAGCCUCAUCAGAACUCGAUUUCAUAUCAGUGCUCUAAUAUACUCUUUAUCAAGGUAUCUUUUUUUUUGUUUGUUUGUUUUCAUUUUUAGAAAGAAAUAAAUAUUUGUGAAUUUUCUUUCUGCACCUGAAAGACAUUUUAUGUUAAAUACUGGUAACUGUGAGGAGCUGCUGGAUGCUUUUUUUUUUUUUUCCAGCUAAUGUAAAGUGAUGAAAGUUUAAAGCAUCGUUUGCCACAAGUCAAAUGUUUUUCACAUUACUU